AGAGUACUUUACAUGGCCCCAUCCAGCAACUACUCCACUGGUCCAGUCUCUGAAUUCCUCCUCAUCUGCUUCCCUAACUACCAGAGUUGGCAGCACUGGCUGUCCCUGCCCCUCAGCCUCCUCUUCCUCCUGGCCAUGGGGGCCAACGCCACCCUCCUGCUCACCAUCUGUCUGGAGGUGUCUCUGCAUGAACCCAUGUACUACCUGCUCAGCCUGCUCUCCCUGCUGGACAUUGUGCUCUGCCUGACUGUCAUCCCCAAGGUCUUGGCCAUCUUCUGGUUUGACCUCAAGUCCAUCAGCUUCUCUGCCUGCUUCCUUCAGAUGUUCAUUAUGAAUUGCUUCCUUGCCAUGGAGUCCUGCACAUUCAUGGUCAUGGCCUAUGACCGCUACGUGGCCAUCUGCCACCCACUACGAUACCCUUCCAUAAUCACUGACCAUUUUGUGGUUAGAGCUACCAUAUUUGUUGUGGCCAGGAAUGGCCUCUUUUUCCUUCCUGUUCCUGUCCUUUCUUCCCGGCUCAGAUAUUGUGCAGAGAACACCAUCAAGAACUGCAUCUGCACUAACCUGUCUGUGUCUAAACUCUCCUGUGAUGACAUCACCUUCAACCGGCUCUACCAGUUUGUGGCGGGCUGGACCCUACUGGGCUCUGACCUCAUCCUUAUUGUUCUCUCCUACUCCUUCAUCCUGAAAGCUGUGCUAAGGAUCAAGGCUGAGGGUGCUGCGGCCAAGGCCCUGAGCACAUGCGGUUCCCACUUCAUCCUCAUCCUCUUCUUCAGCACAGUCCUGCUGGUUCUGGUCAUCACUAACCUGGCCAGGAAGAGGAUUCCCCCAGAUGUCCCCAUCCUGCUCAACAUCCUGCACCACCUCAUCCCCCCAGCUCUGAACCCAGUUGUUUAUGGUGUGCGGACCAAGGAGAUCAGGCAGGGAAUCCAGAAGCUACUGAGGAGGUUGUAA